AUGUCUAUCGGAUUCAAGAACACGCGUAACGUCAACAGCAGCAGCUCGUCUGCAAGCUCCUCGACAUCGAAGUCGACCUCCAACCUCUGGAAGGUUAGGACGCCCUCUAGCCUCGCCGCAACCCAAUCACGCAAGGACCAGCACCAAGCAGUUCAAGACGCGCUCCUCGCCAAGCAGCGCGCCACUGCGGCUGCGGCGCGCCUCAGGAAGGCGCAGGCCCAACCACACCCUGGCAAGGUCAUCGCGGUUCGGGUACCCAAACCUCAGCCUGUGCUCGCGAAGAAGCAGCUUCUGAAGCCUUCUUUGGCGCCACUCAAGACGAAAGGCAAAUCAAAGCACGAUCCGCGUGCGCAAGACGCUGCGCGUCAGGCGACGCUCAAGCUUAAGCAACAAGUCAAGGCCACGCACACUGGAUCGAACAGUCCCGUGCGGUCGGUGAUUCGGUUGGACGCGCUGGGAAACCAGCGCAUCGUGCUCAUCAUGCAGAGGGCUGUGGUUCAGGAAGCGCUCCAGAAAUCGCCGCGCCUGGUCACGGCCGAGCUCCGCACGUCUCCGGAUGGGCUCAAGACAAAUGUUCUCCGGUUCAACAAGACCUUCUACGGCAACGCUCUUGUUAAUGGUGUCGCUGAUCAGCUCAACGGGAUCGACCUAUCUGGCGUCAGCACCGAAGAGCGUUUGGAAGACUGUACGUCCGGGUUCUUGGGCCUCGACCUCAGCGCCCCCUCUUCAUCGUCGAAGUACGCCGACGAUACCCCGCUUGAGCCCAUCUAUCUCGACGAGGACAAUAAACCUGUGGCGUUAUUCGCCGACGAUGACGAGCCCGCCUCUCCACACGGCGAGAACGAUUCCCUCGCGUGGAACUCGGCCUUCAACACGCGCCUACCCACGCAACAACAUGCUCUACCGCCCGCGCCUGCUAAGUUCAGCACGGCUGUGCGCUCCGGUCGCGUGUCUGAAUGGCAUCGUGGCGCCGAGCGCUUCACGCCGUACGCGUCCUCGCGUCCUCGCCGCAUCGCGGUCGCAUGA